AUGGCUAGAGGACCAAAGAAACAUUUGAAAAGAUUAGCAGCUCCAUCCCAUUGGAUGCUUGAUAAAUUAUCAGGUACUUAUGCACCAAGACCAAGUGCAGGUCCUCAUAAAUUAAGAGAAUCAUUACCAUUAAUUGUCUUUUUAAGAAAUAGAUUAAAAUAUGCUUUAAAUGGUAGAGAAGUUAAAGCAAUUAUGAUGCAACAACAUGUUCAAGUUGAUGGUAAAGUUAGAACUGAUACUACUUAUCCAGCUGGUUUUAUGGAUGUUAUUACCUUAGAAGCUACCAAUGAAAACUUUAGAUUAAUUUAUGAUGUUAAAGGUAGAUUUGCAGUUCAUAGAAUUUCAUCAGAAGAAGCUUCAUAUAAAUUAGCUAAAGUUGAAAAAGUCGCUUUAGGUAAGAAAGGUAUUCCAUAUGUUGUUACUCAUGAUGGUAGAACAAUUAGAUAUCCAGAUCCAUUAAUCAGAGCUCAUGAUUCAGUUAAAAUUGAUUUAGCUACCGGUAAAAUUACUGAUUUCAUCAAAUUUGAUACUGGUAGAUUAGUUAUGGUUACUGGUGGUAGAAACAUGGGUAGAGUUGGUGUUAUUACUCAUAGAGAAAAACAUGAAGGAGGUUUCGAUUUGGUUCAUAUUAAAGAUAAAUUAGAUAACACUUUCGUUACUAGAUUAUCAAAUGUUUUUGUUAUUGGUGAAGAACAAUCAAAACCAUGGGUUUCAUUACCAAAAGGUAAAGGUAUUAAAUUGUCAAUUACAGAAGAAAGAGACAGAAAAAGAAGACAAGAUGGUUUAAUUGCUUAA